AUGCAUCUCAUACCCAAGGAAAUAGAUAAGCUAGCCAUUUCCCAGCUUGGUCUGCUGGCACAGAGAAGACUUGCGCGAGGAGUAAAGCUAAAUCACUCCGAAGCAGUUGCACUUAUAGCAAACAAUCUUCAAGAGCUCAUUCGUGAUGGAAACCAUACGGUCGCAGAUCUCAUGUCAAUUGGCGCAACAAUGCUCGGGCGUCGUCAUGUUCACCCCGCGGUUUGCUCGACUCUCACAGAACUUAUGGUCGAAGGAACUUUUCCAACCGGAACAUACUUGGUGACGGUGCAUCAUCCUAUUAGUACUGAUGAUGGAGAUUUGGCAAAAGCGCUUUAUGGAAGUUUUCUGCCAAUUCCGGAAAUGGAGCUUUUUCCAUUGCCAUUGGAUGCGGAAUACGAAUCGACUAAACGUCCGGGUGCUUUAAUCACCGUGAAGGGUAAGGUCAAGCUGAAUGAAGGAAGGAAGAGAACAAAGUUAAGGGUGACGAGUAAGGGUGAUAGGCCAAUUCAAAUUGGGUCACAUUAUCAUUUUAUCGAAACUAAUCCUCAACUCGAGUUCGAUCGCAUAAAGGCAUAUGGUUACCGUCUUGAUAUUGCGGCUGGCACAUCAGUUCGGUUCGAACCUGGAGAUACCAAAACCGUCACAUUGGUUGAAAUCGGUGGAAACAAAAUCAUUCGAGGUGGAAAUCAUAUUGCUACUGGCAAAGUAGAUAUUACUCGAGUGGAUGAAAUUUUGGUCAAUCUACAAGAAGCAGGAUUCGCACAUACCUCUGAGCCAAGUGGUGAUGCUGCUUAUAUCGAUAUAUUUGAAAUGGAUAGAACGGCAUACGCAACUAUGUUCGGCCCAACAGUAGGUGACACCAUUCGCUUGGGUAAUACAGAUCUUUGGAUCAAAGUCGAGAAGGAUUUGACUUCUUAUGGAGAUGAAUGUAAAUUUGGCGGCGGCAAGAGUCUGCGAGAAGGUAUGGGCCAGGCUACCGGCGUAUCUGACGAAAUAUCACUGGAUCUUGUCAUUGUCAAUGCCCUAAUCGUGGAUUGGACCGGUAUUUACAAGGCCGAUAUCGGUGUCAAGAAUGGUUUAAUAGUAGGUAUUGGUAAGGCUGGUAAUCCAGAUGUGAUGGACUGUGUCAGUCCGAACAUGAUAGUUGGAUCUUGUACCGACGUUGUUGCUGGGGAAGGUAAGAUCAUUACCGCCGGUGGCUUUGACACUCACAUUCACUUCAUCUGCCCUCAACAAGUCUAUGAAGCUAUCUCAUCCGGUAUUACUACAAUGCUAGGCGGCGGAACUGGUCCUAGCGCUGGAACGAGUGCUACAACUUGCACCCCAGGGAAAAAUUAUAUGCGACAAAUGCUUCAAGCUUGUGAUACUUUACCAGUGAAUAUUGGCAUUACAGGCAAAGGAAAUGAUAGUGAUCCUACAGCACUUCGUGAGCAAGUCAUUGCUGGAGCUUGUGGUCUCAAAUUACAUGAAGAUUGGGGCACCACACCUUCAGCUAUUGAUUCCUGUCUUACUGUUUGCGAUGAAUUCGAUAUUCAAUGUCUGAUUCAUACCGAUACUUUAAACGAGUCAGGUUUUGUUGAGUCUACGAUUGCUGCGUUCAAAAAUCGUGCUAUUCACACUUAUCAUACUGAAGGUGCCGGUGGUGGUCAUGCACCUGAUAUCAUUAGUGUUGUUGAGCAUGCAAAUGUUCUCCCAUCUUCUACUAAUCCUACGAGACCUUAUACUAGAAAUACACUUGAUGAGCAUCUAGACAUGCUUAUGGUUUGUCAUCACCUUUCCAAGAACAUUCCCGAAGAUGUCGCCUUUGCAGAAUCUCGAAUUCGUGCUGAAACUAUUGCAGCCGAAGAUGUACUCCAUGACCUAGGAGCAAUCAGUAUGAUGUCUUCUGAUUCUCAAGCAAUGGGUCGCUGUGGAGAAGUUAUCAUGAGAACAUGGAACACAGCCCACAAAAAUAAAGUUCAACGUGGUACUCUCGGAGAAGAUAUGGGGAGCGACGCAGACAAUUUCCGAGUGAAGAGAUACAUUAGCAAGUACACUAUUAAUCCAGCAAUUGCUCAAGGAAUGAGUCAUGUUAUUGGUAGCGUGGAGGUUGGAAAGAUCGCGGAUCUUGUCGUUUGGGAUCCAGCUUGGUUUGGGACAAAACCCAUGACCAUUAUCAAGAGUGGUUUGAUCGCUUAUGCUCAGAUGGGUGAUCCCAACGCUUCCAUCCCAACAGUCCAACCCAUCAUCUCCCGCCCUAUGUUUGCACCCCUCGUCCCCUCUACCUCCAUCCUUUUCGUCUCCGAGUCGUCAAUUUCCUCGGGUACGAUUGCAACCUAUGGUCUGAAAAAACGUGUGGAGGCAGUGAAGAAUUGCAGGACGAUUGGGAAGAGGGAUAUGAAAUUUAAUGAUCAGAUGCCGAAGAUGAAGGUUGAUCCGGAGAAUUAUAGGGUGGAGGCUGAUGGUGUACAUAUUGUUUGUGAGGCGGCCGAGUGGUUGCCGUUGGCACAAAAUGCUUAUGUUUAUUAG